ACUGCGCGCCAAGGUGAGGUGUCUGCAGCCAACGGAGUCGUGAGAAACGGGGUGGGAUAAUCCAGUGAUACUCGACGUCUAGUCGCGAGAUGGCCGAUACCGAUGCUGAGCAGCGGAUCCGUGAGUACCAGCGGGAGUACCUCGAAUUCUUAGAUGAUGAGGACGAUCAAGGAUUUUACAGCCACAAAAUCAAAGAUUUGGUCACAAAGAAAGAACGCAGGAUCAUCGUCAACAUCAACGACCUUCGUAAGAAGAAUGCCGCCAGAGCUAAAGGGUUGCUCAUUCACACGAGCGAAGAGAUCAUCGCCUUCCAGCGUGCACUCAAGGAAAUGGUCAUCUCUGUCGAUCCACUGCUGGCAAAAGAACGAGAUGAAUACUAUGUUGGCUUGGAAGGAAGCUUUGGAUCUAAACACGUUACACCUCGGACACUCCAUGCUUCCUAUCUCGGUGGAGUUGUGUGCGUCGAAGGAAUUGUGACGAAGUGUUCGCUAGUUCGUCCUAAAGUCAUGCACAGCGUCCACUACUGCCCAGCCACGCAAAAGACACUGGAGCGCCACUUUACCGAUCUGACAUCCUAUGACGCCUUUCCAUCAAGCGCAGUCUAUCCUACAAAGGACGAGGACGGCAAUCUUCUGGAGACAGAGUACGGGCUCUCGCUCUACAAGGAUCACCAGACGCUGAGCAUUCAGGAGAUGCCAGAAAAGGCCCCCGCCGGCCAGCUGCCUCGAUUCGUGGACGCAAUCGUGGACGGGGACCUGGUCGACCAAUGCAAACCAGGAGAUCGAGUGCAGGUCGUUGGCACUUACCGCUGCUUACCAGGCAAGCAGGGAGGAUUCACCAGCGGCACAUUCCGGUCUGUUCUGAUUUCUAAUAACAUUCGUCUGCUGAGCAAGGAAGUGGCCCCAAAUAUUUCCGUCGAGGACGUGAACAAGUGCAAGGCCAUCAGCAGGCAGAAAGGGAAUGUCUUUGAGAUUUUGGCUCGCUCACUGGCACCGUCCAUCCAUGGCCACGAGUUCAUCAAAAGGGCUCUGCUGUGUCUUCUCCUGGGAGGCGUGGAAAAGGUCCUCCCCAAUGGAACCAGGCUCAGAGGCGACAUAAACUGUUUGUUAAUCGGAGACCCAUCAGUAGCCAAGUCCCAGCUACUGCGAUACGUCCUCCACACUGCACCGAGAGCUGUGGCAACUACGGGUCGUGGUUCUUCCGGUGUGGGUCUCACAGCAGCAGUCACUACUGACCAGGAGACAGGUGACAAACGUCUAGAGGCCGGUGCUAUGGUUCUCGCCGACAGAGGCGUCGUCUGCAUCGACGAGUUCGACAAAAUGUCUGACAUGGAUCGCACGGCCAUUCACGAAGUCAUGGAGCAGGGCCGUGUCACCAUCUCCAAGGCAGGCAUCCACGCGAGGCUGAAUGCGCGCUGCAGCGUGCUGGCGGCAGCCAAUCCUGUGUACGGACGGUAUGAUCAAUACAAGUCUCCAAUGGAGAACAUUGGCCUCCAGGAUUCUCUGCUGUCUCGUUUCGACUUGCUCUUUAUCAUGCUUGACAAGAUGGAUCCGGAGAGUGACAGAGAAGUCGCGGACCACGUUGUCCGGAUGCACCAAUACAGAAAUCCUGGGGAGCAGGAUGGCGAACCUCUGCCUAUUCGAAGCACAGCUGACCUUCUCACGACGCACGACCCAGACCAGCUUGACAAGGACAGUGACAAGGAUACGUCGAUCUAUGAGAAGCACGACGUGUUGCUGCACGGGUCAAAGCGAAGAACGGAGAAGACGAUCAGCGUUGAGUUUAUGAAGAAAUACAUCCACAUUGCCAAAGGCAUCAAGCCGACUCUGACACAGGCCGCAUGCGACAAGAUAGCUGAGAAGUAUGCCGAGUUGCGCUCCAUCGAAACUGAAAACACGGAUGUCGCCAGGACGCAACCCGUGACGCCUCGUACCUUGGAAACGCUGAUUCGUCUGUCCACGGCACACGCCAAGGCUCGCUUCUCGCGCACAGUGGAGCCCGAGGACGCCCAGUCAGCCAUCGAGCUGCUGCACUUCGCCUACUUCAAGAAAGUGCUCGAGAAGCCCCGCAAGCGCAGGAGGAAGGACGGGGGCGACUCUUCAGACGAAGGUGGAGACGACGACGACGAUUUUGCCGAUGAAUCCAGUGGCACCAGCAAGAAGGCUAUGAGCAAAGCUUCAAAAAAGAAAUCUGGAGAAGAAGGUCACGAUCCGUAUGACUUUGAGGAGGGUAGUGAGGAACCUGAAGACAAAACAGCGCGGCCGAAGAGACCUCGCAAGGACGAGCCAUCUACGUCGAGGGCUGCUGACCUCAGAGACAGUGCUGCAGCUAUCUCCACACAAAGGAUGACCAAGUUCCGCAACCUGUUGGGCAAGCUCUUCAAAGAGACGCACACCCAGUCUCAGCCUGUGUCCAACAUCAUAGACUUCCUCGCCAAAGAAGAGAAAGUGGAACCGUUCACCCAGGAAGAAAUCGACGUCGCCAUCCAGCGCAUGAUGGACGACAACCAGGUCAUGCUCUCCGACGAGAUUGUGUUCCUCAUCUGAGCUGCGCCUUUGGAGAGACGCCCAUGUAUAUAAUCUUGUAAUAAGCUGUGGUCUGGUCCCGUCAUCAUGAGGCACUACUAUACAUGUCUACUUUGUGCACCUAUUCAUCGAGUGAAGUGUCGCUAGCAUGGAGAAAAAUGGUUAGACUCUAAGGAACUGCCCUCUCUUAUCGCAUGUAUACAUUGUCUGUAACGAGAAUUUUAUAUUUGUGUUUUACAAUUGUUCAACAGUUAUUUUACAAAUAAAGGUUUCAAAUUUCA